GAAGUUGUCAUAGAUGCAAACAUGUAAAACAAGUUGUCAGUCAUAAUGUUGAUAGAAAGAUAAAAAACGUAUAGAGCUAAGAUCUAACUACUGUAAGUAAGAUAGAGAGACAUGCACCUCAGACUAACAAUGAGUUAAAGCAUAAGAGGGGCAUUAGACAGGCAUCGAGUCACUGACUGGCUGUGGAUCAACUGGAAAUACACUACAGUAUACAAAUGGAAGCUCAAUGGUUUAUUGAAAUUCUAAUCCAGGAGAAGAUAUGUUUCUGAUCAAUAAAAGUUCCAAAGUUUACUCAAAGUAUCUGCAGAAUGUUACAAAUGAAGAAAUAAGUGCACAGAAGCAGAAUGGUCAUCUCAUUGAAAAUCAAAUUUGAAAAUCUAACAGGGGUUCUACUAUUACUAUGGAAUAUCUGUUUAGUUAAUGUCUGUUGUAAUCAGAAUAUUCAGUGGCACACAGAUCUACAUAGGUCAUCUAAAAACAAUGGAUUUCACAGGGAGGUGACAAGUAAGGUUGAGGUGUCAACAGAAGGAGGCCCCAGCACAUUUGGUACAUGUGUCCUGCUUCUAAUUGAGACAAUACCUAUGGGGGCCUAUGUGGACAUAUAUCAGCUGAAGAUGGGAGAAGAGUAUGGUGGACCAAAGGUGAUCUCAGAAUAUAUAGACAUUGAGAAGCCAGACUACGAGUCAACCAAACAUGACAUCUAUAUUUAUGGGAAUAUGACACGACAUCGAGGUGUGAUAUCUGGAGAAGUAACAUAUCCCUUGCACCUGAGGUAUCACAGACUGAGAAAGAAUGUUGAAUUUGCAGAAGUGACUCUGAAACAUCCUAGAGUGCUGAUCAAUUGCUCAAAUUUAAAACAGAAACUGGGUGGUAAUCUACAUCAGUUCCCAUGUUACCCACAUCAAAGCACUACAUGCACAUGGAAAGAGUUAGGAUAUACAGUGGAAUCUCCAGCAUUAACAUUCCUUGUUCCAGUUGGAAAUAGCAAUCAUAUAUUCUUAGUGACGACUGUUACCAUAGCAACAACAUUGAUGGGAUGUGCCUAUAUUUUGUACCUUGUAAUGAAAUCUCCAGAACUGAAAGGCAAAACUAACUGAACUGUUGAAAUUGAAAUUACCCCACAUUUUAAUCCAUACAAUGAUGCUGAAGGGCUGGUUGAAUCUUGUGUAAGAAACAAUGAACCAGAUGUUGUUCUUAUUCUGUAUUAGAUACGACAGUAUUGAAUGAUGGGAGUG